GAUCGGCCCCGGGAUCGGGAUCGGCCCCGGGAUCGGGAUGGCGGGACCGGGGCUGGAGCGGUACCGGCUGGCGCUGCUGGCGGCGCGGGAGGACGUGGGGAACCCGCGGGCUGGGACCGACUGGGCCGUCUUUGGCUAUGAGAAGCACCACGACCUCAAGCUCCUGGAUUCCGGAGCCGGGGGGCCGGAUGAGCUCGCCGGAAAAUUCUCCGUGGGCAGCGUCAUGUAUGGGCUGUGCCGGGUCCCCGAUCCUGGUUCCGGCACCCCCAGGAUCGUCCUUAUCAGCUGGGUGGGGGAAAAGGUGCCGGAAUCGCAGCGAGCGGCGUGUGCCGGGCACCUGCCGGCCAUCCGGAGCUUCUUCAGGGAGGCCACGGCCGUGAUCAGCGCCCGCCGCUCCGAGGAGGUGACACUGGAGGGGCUGCGCCGAGUGCUGGCACAGCUGGAGCCCCCCGCCCCUCGCCCCCCCAGGAGGACCCCCCAGGACACCCCGGAGCUGGUGGGAACCAACUACCGCAAGACCAACCCGGCACUGGAGCUGCAGCGCACCCAGCGCGAUUCCUUCUGGGAACAGGCUGAGCGCGAGGAGCAGCAGCGGAAGGAGCAGGAGCGGCAGCGGGAGCGGGAGCAGCGGCGGCGCUGGGAGCGGGAGCGCAUGGAGGAGGAGCGGCUGCAGGCGGCGGAGCGGGAGCGGCGGCUGCAGGAGCGGGAGCGGCUCAUCGAGGAGCGGCGGCAGGAGCAGGCGCGGCUGGACGCGGAGGAGCGGAGGAAGGAGCAGGAGCGAUGGGAGCAGCAGCAGCGGGAGCAGGAGGCGGCCGAGCGGGAGCGCAGGGGUCGCACCGGGGUCAGCGGGACGGCGGCCGAAGCCGCCAUCCUGGUCUCCCAGCGCACCCAGAACCCCCGGGAAUUCUUUCGGCAGCGGGAGCGCUCGGGGUCCACUUCCACAUCGCCCCUGGCCGGCAGCACCCCCGGUACCCGCCGGCCCUUCCUGCGGUACCAGCGCAGCCUGACGGAAUCUGCCUUCAUCUUCCGCCGGCCGGAGCCUCCCCAGACCCCCCCUCCCGGCACCUCCAGGGGGGCACUGCCCCCCAGCCCCCGUCGGCCGCCGCCGCCUCUGCCCCCCGGCCCCACGGGGACAGAGAACCCCCAAUGUGCCACCACAGGGACCCCCACCAGCCCCAUGGGGAGGGGCAGCCCUCCCUCUGCCGCCCUGGGGACGCCCACCAGCCCAGCCCGAGCAGGGUCCCCUCAUGCCACCGGUCCUGUGGGGAUGGGGACCUCCCAGUGUGCGUCCACCGGGACCACCGUCAGUCCUGUGGGGACAGGGACCUCCGAGUGUGGCACCAUCGGGACCCCUGCCGGCCCAGCCCGAGCAGGGUCCCCCCGUGCCACCAGCCCUGUGGGGAUGGGGACCUCCCAGUGUGCGUCCACCGGGACCACCGUCAGUCCUGUGGGGACAGGGACCUCCGAGUGUGGCACCAUCGGGACCCCUGCCGGCCCAGCCCGAGCAGGGUCCCCCCGUGCCACCAGCCCUGUGGGGACGGGGACCCCUCCCUCUGCCACCCCAAGGAGCCCCCCCAGCCCUGUGGUGACAGGCACACCCCAAAGUGCCACCACUGGGACCCCCUGCAGCCCCAUGGGAACAGGGACCCCUCCUUCCGCCACCCUGGGGACCCCCGAUUUUGCCACCACCAGAUCAGGGUCCCCCCCCGCCAUAUCUGGGUCCCCUCCCAGACCCCCCAGGAUGGGGGUGCCCCCUGUCCCCUCUGGGUCGGGGUCUUCUGAAAGCACUUAUGGGGUAGAGCCCCUCCCUCCUUCUAGCACUCCCGGGUUGGGGUCUCCCUCCAGACCCCCUCAAGAUGAUGAGGGGGGGUCCCACCUGGACACUCCCCCCCUCCCCAGCCCCCCAGCAUGGGAAUCUCUGGGGCCACUGGUUGAGGAUGUCCCCAGCCCGCGGGAGGGGUCCCCAGUACCCUCCCGCCCGGUGCAGGAACCCCGGGAUUUGGGGCGCAAUGGAAUCGGGGGGCACGAGUGGGGGGGCUGGGAGGCCCCCUGGGAGCCGGGACCUCCCCCAGGGCAGGGGGAUGAGCCCAGCGAGAACCUCGUCCUGCACAAAGCCACGCCAGGCUUUGCACUGCUGCUGGCCCGUGACGCCCCCCACCCACCGGUUAUGGGGGGCCCCAGCCCUCCCACCGAGGACGAGGACCUGUCCCCCCAUGCUGUGUAGCAGGGGGGGGAGCCAACACCUCCUUUUGGGGGGGUAGGGGUCCCCCCUAUUGCACCACAGCCCCCAGGAUGGACACCCACUCCCCACUCACCCCUCAGCACAGCCUCCACCCACCCACUUGCACCCCAAAUGAGCAGCUUGGGGAGGGGACAGCACCCCAAGACGCCCCCCCACCACCACUGGUGGCAGCACAGGAUGAGAGGGACAGACCCCCCCUCCCCCCUCCACCCGGGCACAGGGAUCCUCACGCUCCACCCCCCCCCCAAAUCGCACACAGCAGC